AUGUCUAAGGAAAACUUAUCUUCUACUACUUCUACUCAAUAUGCUCAUUCUCAAUCGGUUUCUGAUACACCACAUAAUACCACUGACCCUAAACAACCGCCUCAAACUGAUCGUUCUUAA